AUGAAAGUAACAUUAAAUGAAUUAUUAAUUCAAUGUUUCAAUGAUAAAUAUUCAAUGGAAAAUCAACAUCAUCAAUAUAAAUUUGAUUCAAAUAUAUAUCCUGAACAAAUUUUAAUCUUAUCAGAAGCAAUUCAUUUUUGUAAAAAUGUUGAAAAUGCAUUAAAUUGUGGUGAAUUAUAUCGACUUAAAAAGAUUUACAGAUAUCUACAUCAUCAUAGUUAUCGACCUAGCAGUAAUCUAACCAAUGUUAUCACUCCUACUGAAGGUAAAACUGUUCAACUUACUUGUCGAAGACACAACCUGCAAACCAUUUCAAGUCAUACAUAUUCACCAUAUUUAAAACCUAAAUUUUCUCAAUUAGCUAUGUAUACUUCAGCUAAACAACAAAAGAAUAUGAAAACAAAUGAACAUUGUACAAAUUCACAAGAAUCAAAUGUCCAGUAUUCAACUCAAUCACGUUUACAAUCUUGUAAAUUAAGCUCAUUAAUAUUAGAUAAAAUACAUUCAAUUGAUAUAAUUGAUCAAUUGAUUCGAAAUGGUGCAGUUAGCUCAAAAGAUUGGAUAUGGCAACGUCAAUUACGAUUUUAUAUUAAUCACAAUCAGAAUUCCAUGUAUAACUAUACAACUAAAAUAAAAAAUGAUGAUAAUAAUUCAAUGAAAACAUCUAUAUGUAUGGCUGAUGCAGAAUUCUUAUAUACUUUUGAAUAUCAAGGCAAUUCACCACGUCUAGUACAUACUCCAUUAACUGAUAAAUGUUAUUUAACUUUGACACAAGCUAUGCGUAUGGGUUUAGGUGGUAAUCCUUAUGGUCCAGCUGGUACUGGUAAAACAGAAUCUGUGAAAGCUCUUGGUUCUAUGAUGGGUCGUCAGGUUCUUGUUUUCAAUUGUGAUGAAGGUAUUGAUUUACGUUCUAUGACGAGAAUUUUUGUUGGAAUAGUAAAAUGUGGUGCUUGGGGUUGUUUCGAUGAAUUUAAUCGAUUAGAAGAAUCUGUUCUCUCUGCUAUUUCAAUGCAAAUUCAGAUUAUUCAAGAUGCAUUGAAAUGUGGCACACCACAAAUCAAUCUACUAGGUCGUACUACUAAUGUUGACCCUAAUUCUGGGUUAUUCAUCACAUUAAAUCCCAUCGCUAAAGGAUAUGGUGGACGUCAAAAAUUACCAGAUAACUUGAAACAGUUAUUUCGACCAGUUUCAAUGACAAAACCAGAUAGUGAUUUGAUAGCUGAAAUGAUUUUAUUUUCUGAAGGAUUUUCUAAUGCUCAAAUAUUAAGUCGUAAACUGGUGUCUGUUUUCUCAUUGGCAAAACAACUUCUCUCAGUACAACAACAUUAUGAUUGGGGUUUGAGAGCAUUAAAAACUGUCUUACAUUGUGCUGGAACACUUUUACAUAUUGAUAAAAAAAAUUCAAAUGAAUUGAUUAACCAUCAUGAAACAAAAGAUCAACAACAUUCUUAUGAAUAUGAAGCACAAUUUAUAAUACAAGCAAUUAAAACAAAUACAUUAGCUAAAUUAACAAAUUCUGAUGCUAAACAAUUUGAAAAUCUCAUUAGAGAUGUAUUUCCUGAUUUGUGUCUACAUAAUAUACAGUUUAAAAAUCAGGAAUUAACCAAACUCAUUGAUUCAAUACAUUCAGUAGUAAGAGAACAUAAUAUGAUAUUAGUAGAAGCCCAGAUUCAAAAAGCUAUCGAAUUAUAUGAACAAUUAUCACAACGUAUGGGUGUUGUUUUAGUUGGACCAUGUGGUUCUGGGAAAUCAACAAUUUUAAAUUUAUUACGUUUAGCAUUGAAUAAAAUGGGAAUAUCAAUACGUUCACAUAUAUUUAAUCCUAAAUCAAUGUUACGUGUACAGUUACUUGGUCAAAUUGAAGCAGAUACUAGAGAAUGGACAGAUGGUGUACUUACGCACAGUGCAAGAUGUGUCGUUAAAGAAUGUAUGGAUCAAAAAUGUUGGAUUAUAGCUGAUGGCGAUAUUGAUCCUGAAUGGAUUGAAUCAUUAAAUUCUGUAUUAGAUGAUAAUCAUUUAUUAACAUUACCAAAUGGUGAACGUAUACAAUUUGAUGCAAAUGUAAAUUUUCUAUUUGAAACACAUGAAUUAAUUCAUGCAAGUCCAGCUACUAUAUCAAGAAUGGGUGUUGUAUAUGUAAGUGAUGAAGCUAUUAAUUCACAUGCAUUUGUUGAAGCAUGGUUAAUGAACCAACCAGAAAUGGAACAAAAUCAACUGAAGUAUUUAAUAGAUUCAGUAUUUUACAAAUGUUUAGAAUGGGUCUAUCAAAAGAAUGAAUUUAUCGUUGAUACUAGUCCGGCUGCCAUAAUAUUUACUGGUCUUUCUCAUCUAGUUGGUGCAAUUACACCAGCCUUAUUUACUGUAGGGUUAAUACGUGGAUUAGGUGCAAAUCUUACAGAAUCUGCACGUAAUGAAUUAGCUAUCAAAGUAUAUGAAGCUACAGGUGAAAAUCCACCUGAUAUAACUAGACCUUUAGAUGUACAGGUGGACCCAAAUAAUCCAAAUCGCUUAAUUUCAUAUUCGACAGAAACUAGUGUUGUAAUACUCGGUAAAUCGAUCCCACAUUCCACUGGGUGUAAUUCACGAUAUUCUGAAAUACCAUUAAAUAUAUGCAUUGAAGAUCCAGUCAUAGCAAAUGCGAUAGCUGAUAGCUUAGCUUCUGGUCGUCCACCAUUAGUUUUAACACCUGAUGUCAGACGAUCUAUUGAUGCAUUCCGUUGCUGGUUAAAUAAUUCACUGUCGAAACAGUCAUUUUUAUUAGUUGGUCCUGAAGGAUGCGGUAAAACUCUUCUAUUAGAUUAUUGUUUUGCUACAUUAUCUCAAUCAAUUCAUGUCGUCACUGUUCAAUGUUCAGCUCAAACAACACCAAAUCAUAUUUUAAAUAAAUUAAUGCAAUAUUGUAUUUGUGUUAUAAGUACAACUUCAAAAAUGUCUAGUGGACGUGUAUUACGUCCUAAAGAAGGUGAUCAACUUAUUUUAUAUUUACGUGAUCUUAAUCUACCUAAACCAGAUAAAUGGGGAUCAUGUCAAUUAAUUGCAUUUUUACAACAAAUACUUACUUAUCAAGGAUAUUAUGAUUCAACCAGUUUAGAAUUUAUUAGUAUUGAAGGAAUUCAGUUUGUUGGCAGUUUUACACCAUCAACCACAUCAAUAGGACUUGGACGUUAUUCCUUAUCGAAAAGAUUCACAUCGGCUUUACGUUUAACUGUGAUAAACUAUCCUGAUAAAGAUCAGUUAGUUAAUAUAUAUGCUUGUUUAUUACAAGCUAUCAUUGUUUAUAAAUUACAAGCAAAUAACCAAUCAAUUGGUUCAAAACAAUUAAAUCAUGAUAAUGGGAUGAAACAUAGUACUUAUAAAACAAUUGUUAAUCCAGCUAGAAUACAUAAUAUGUCUACUAUAAUGAUUCAAAUAUUAUCUGAACUACAACAUAAUUUUCGCGCUGAUGAAUAUGCUCAUUGUGUAUUUACACCUCAUUUAUUAACUCAGUGGGUAACUGGAUUAUUGCGCUACGAUUUAAAUAUAUCAGUCAAUUACAUCUGGGCAGUAUUCGGUUAUGAAGCAAAACGUUUAUUUCGUGAUUGUUUGCCCGGUGAAAAUGCACGUCAUCAAUUCGAUGUAUUAUUCAAUAAGAUUUUAUGCAGUUGUUUGAAUGGAACUGAUAAUGUUGAUGAUCUACCUAAGCGAAAAAAUAAGUGGGAAUUAUCAAAUGAAAAAUGUGAUGAAGUGCAAAUCACGUUAAAGAUGGCUACAGAGGAUUUUGAAUUAGUUGAAAAUGAAGAACGAAUUAAUCAAUUUGUUAAUGAUGAUGAUCUUCUUAAAAACGCUAUGUGCUGGUUUAUCACAUGGAGUGGAAAGCACCAAUUAUCACCAGGUAGCCCAAUACCAUUACAUGGGCGACCAUUAGGAUCUAUAACUUAUACGCAAAUGAAAGAAACAGUCCUGAAAGGGUUAAAACAAUUAGCCAGAGAGAAAUCUCCACAAGCUGAAAAUUUAGUAUUAUUCCCAGAUUUCAUUGAUUAUAUAUGUCGUAUUGAUCGUGUGCUUAGUCGUCCAUCAGGUUCAUUAUUACUAGCCGGUAGAUCUGGUACAGGCCGUAGAUCUGCUCUCAAUAUAGUCGCUCAUAUACAUCAGCUGAAUGUUUUCCGUUUACACACUGGUCGUGAUAAUCAAAUGCGUCAAUUUAUUACCGAUAUCAAAACAGUAUGCCAAGCAGCAGGUAUUGAAAAUCAGCCGACAUUAUUAAUUAUUGAAGAUUAUCAAUUGACAAGUGACUACUUCUUGGAAAUUAUUAAUAGUCUUUUGGCGUGUGGUGAAGCAAGUGGUUUAAUUAGUGCUGAUGAGUUAGAAACACUCAUGUCUAGUGUUGCAUCAAAAAGUGGAGUGAAUUUCAAAGAACAAGCAGCAGAAGCUGGGCAUCGUGGACCACUAACUGCUUUCUUUGCUGAACGCAUUCAUAAGAAUCUCCAUUUUGCCAUUAUUCUAGAUAUAGAUGAUUAUGAAUUAUUCAAUAAUUGGUUACAAUCAAAUCCUUCAUUUUAUAAAUAUUGUUCUGUUCAAUGGAUGGAUUGUUGGUCUAAAUUUAGUUUACUUCAAAUUCCUAAACUACUGAUACCUAAAUCUUGUAUACCGAAUAACGCAAAUAGUUUUACUCAAGCUUUUGUCAACAUUCAUAAUUCAGCUCCUUAUCCUCAUAUGAUGAUGCCCACACCACGUCACUUUAUUUCAUUAUGCAAUAAUUAUGCCCGAGUGGAACAAAAUCAUAGACAAAAAUUACAGUCAGAAGUUAAACGACUAAAAAGUGGUUUAAUUAAGUUGAAAGAAGCACGUGAACGUGUAACACAAUUAAAACAGCAUGCAGUUGAACAAGGUGAACUGCUGGUUGAAAAACAAACUGAAGCUGAUAAAGCUUUAGAACAAAUAAGCGCUGCAAUACAGGGUGCAGCUGAACAACGUUCAGAAAUGGAGAAAUUACAAAGUCGGACAACAGAUGAAUCUACUCGUUUAGAACGUCGAAAAUUAGAAAUUGAUGCAGAACUCAAUGAAAUUGAACCAUUAGUUCAUCAAGCUAGAUCUGCUGUUGGAAAUAUAAAAUCAGAAGCUUUGUCCGAAAUUCGUGCAUUACGUGCACCACCGGAUAUUAUACGUGAUAUAUUAGAAGGUGUUUUAUUACUUAUGGGCAUACGUGAUACAUCAUGGGUUAGUAUGCGUGGAUUUUUAGCUAAAAGAGGAGUUCAAGAGGAAAUUUUGAAUUUUGAUGCGAGAAAAAUUACACCAGAUUUACGUCUUAGUGUUGAGGAGUUGUUAGCAAAAAACCAAGAAUCAUUUGAACCAAGGGUUGCUAAACGUGCAUCCGUCGCAGCUGCUCCUUUAGCCACAUGGGUUCGUGCUAAUGUACAAUAUGCUAAAGUGUUGGAACGUAUUGCUCCGUUAGAAGUAGAGCAUGCUAAAUUAAAACAAUCAUUAAUUCAAGCUGAAAAUUCAUUGACAAGUUUAACUAAAGGUUUAAGUAAUGUAGAUUCUAACGUAGCUAAUCUACGGACUGUUUUUGAAAAGCGUACAUCUGAAGCAGCAAAUUUAAAAAUGGAGCUUGACAAAACACGUGAAACAUUGUUGUCAGCUGAAACAUUAGUCGGUGAAUUAGAAAGUGAGCAUACACGCUGGGAGAAUCAGAUCAAUGAAAUAAAUAUACAGUUAGCUAGUCUACCACCAUUCGCACUGAUAGCAUCUGCAUUCAUAACCUAUUUAUCACCUUGUCCUGAAGAUGUACGUCGGCAACAAAUUACAAAUUGGAUUAAAGAUUUAACUAAUCUUGGUAUAAUGCCAACAUCUUUAUCUUCUGAAGUGAACAAUGAUCGCACAUCAAGUCAAGAUUUUGAUUUACGUAGAUUUUUAUCUACUGAACAUGAGCAGUUAUUAUGGUAUAGUCAAGGUCUAUCGUCAGAUCAAUUAUCAGGAGAAAAUGCUGUUACUAUUGUACAUACUACAAUGUGUCCAUUCAUUAUUGAUCCGUCGUCAAGAGCAUUAAACUGGUUAAAAGUUUAUUUGAAAGACCAACGUUUAGAAAUUGUAAAUCAACAAAGCCCAAAUUUUAUAACAACAUUAGAAUUAGCUGUUAGAUUUGGAAAAUGUUUAAUUGUACAAGAAGUUGAUGAAAUUGAACCUAUACUUAUGCCACUAUUAUCAAAAGAUUUAAUUUUACAAGGAUCACGAAAUUUCAUAAGAAUUGGUGAAAAAUUAAUAGAUUAUCAUCAAGAUUUUCGUUUAUUUCUAUGUACACGUAAACCAUUACAAGGCAUAGAUUAUAUUCAACCAAUUAGUGCUAAUGCAUUAGUUACUAUUAUUAAUUUUAUUUCAACACGAACUGGUUUAAUAGAACAAUUAUUAGAAGUUACUUUACAAAAUGAAUGUCCACAAUUAGAAAAUCAACGUCAACAAUUAAUUCAUAAUGAAGAGAAAAUGAAAAUGGAAUUAGCUAAAUUAGAAAAUGAUUUACUAGAGGAAUUGUCAAAUGCUCAUGGUAAUAUAUUAGAGAAUAAAGAACUUUUGUCAUCAUUAAAUAAAACGAAGCAAUCAAGUUUAGUUGUAACGAAUUCAUUGAAAGAAUCCCUACGUUUACAAGCUGAAUUGAAUAAGGAGAGAAAUGUAUUUUAUCCAUUAGCUGAAACUAGCAGUCGACUUUAUUUCGCUCUGAAAGAUCUCAUGAAAAUUAAUCAUAUGUAUCAAUUCAGUUUAAACAGCUUUCUAUAUCUUUAUCAACGUGCUCUCUCUAUGCCACAUAAUACUGAACUGAAGACGUCGGAACGUAUUCAGUCAUUGCAAAAGUAUAUAGAAAAAUUAGUUUAUGAAAAUGUCUGUCGAGCAUUAUUUAAACCAGAUCGUUUAAUGUUUGCAUUACACAUGGUUCGUACAAUGCGUCCACAAUCAUUAACAGAUGAAGAAUGGCUGUUUUUUAUUGGAUUAAAUGUCAUAGAAUCAUGUCAUACUGGUGAGAAGCUUUACAGUUGGUUAGAUGCUGAACGAGCUCGUAACUUGUUGAAGCUUAAAACUGCACUUCCGAAUAUUUAUGAAAAUCUAUGUUUUGAAGAUUCUCAAUUUUGGACAAAUUGGUUACAUGAGAAUGAUGUUGAAAUGAAACCAAUGCCUAAGAAUCUACAAUCCAAAUCAUUGACAGCUUUUCAUUUCACAGUUCUUGUAGUUCAAGCUCUUCGACCUGAUCGUUUAUAUUCUGCUAUGUCACAGUUUGCUAGUCGGACAUUAGACUUACCUCAACUAAGUCCAUCAACUUUGAAUUUACACAGAUUAUUUGAAACUGAAACAAGAUCAACAGAACCUAUUCUAAUAUUAAUUAGUCCAGGAGCUGAUCCAUCACAAGAAUUAUCUGAAACAGCUACACUUCAUUUCUCACGUAAAAUAUUUAAUAAAACAUCAGAGACAACCUCAUCACAUUAUCGUCAAAUUGCUAUGGGUCAAGGUCAAACCGACUUAGCCAUAAAAGAACUACAUUUAGCUGCAAAACAAGGUGAUUGGUUAUGUUUGAAAAAUUUACACCUUGUUAUACAUUGGCUACCAGUACUGGAGAAAGAAAUUAACACAUUGUUGAAUAUCAAUAAGAAAAUUUCAAUUAGUCCUAACAAUAAUGGUAAUAAUGAUAAUGAUGAUAAUGGUACAAUUAAUAAAUCUAUUGAUACUGAACAUUGUGUACAUGAAGAUUUCAGAUUAUGGUUAACUGCAGAACCACGUACCACAUUUCCAUCUACAUUAUUACAAAGUUGCCUUAAAAUAGCUUAUGAAGCUCCACCUGGAUUAAAACGGAAUCUACAAAGAACUUAUGAAACUUGGCCAAGAAACUAUAUAUCUCAAGGAAAUUCAAAGACUCGAGCAACUUUACUUGCAUGCCUAGCUUGGUUUCAUGCUGUUGUGCAAGAAAGACGAACUUAUAUCCCACAGGGAUGGACGAAAUUUUACGAGUUUACAUUUGCAGAUCUUCGUGCUGCAGCCGACUUAAUCGAUCGGUUAUUAUUGAAAGAUCAUGGUCAAAUAUCUAGAACAACUGAAGAUAUUUGGUCGUGGAUUCAUGGUUUAUUUGGUGAAUCAAUUUACGGUGGUCGUAUGGAUAAUACAGUGGACUUAAGUGUAUUAAAUUCAUAUCUAACUUCAAUAUUUAACGAUGAUACAGUGAGAAAUCGUCAACUUGGUCCUUUCAAACUACCUGGUACAAUUGAAUUAAAAGACUAUAUUGUUCAGAUCAAUACUUUGCCUGAUCACGAUCUUCCUAUAUAUUUUAAUUUAUCACCUAAUAUUGAAAAUAGUAUGCAAAGAAGUGAAGCAAAUCGUGUAAUUGCUCAACUUAGAUUACUUAAUCGACCUUUCAUGGAUACUAAACAUAAAUUUGAUAAAAGUUUAUGGAGUAAAGAAUUAGGACCAAUAUUGAUAUUAUGGAAGAAACUUAAUCAAGGUUUAAAUUUAUUACAAUCUCGAACAUCAAACAAAACUAACAAAUCUGCCCUGUCUAAGUCAGGAGACGAUAUCAAUUCUGAGAAUAGAUCAGCAAUUGAAAGUCCGAUUCAAGAGUUUUUACAUUUAGAAUUAUAUAAUGCUCUUCAGCUUAUUCAACAUGUGCAUUUAAGUUUAGCUAGUAUUGCACGAGCAUGUAAAGGGACUCAGUUAGUAAAUGGAGUAAUGCAUCAAUUAGCUAAUAGUUUAUUACAUGGUGAAACACCUGAUUCAUGGUUAUUACAAUGGCCUGAAGGACCGAAUGAAGUAGUCCCUUUCCUACGAGAAUUAGUUGUUAAAGCGAAUGCUGUACAAACGUGGACCAAACAGGCGGAAAACAAUCAGUUUUCCAAUGAACAAAAUGUACAAUCUUUAGACUUAGCCAAUCUAUUUCAUCCGACCACCUUUUUAAAUGCUUUACGUCAACAGAGUGCAAGAUGCUUGAAUGUACCAAUUGACACACUUAAACUAUCAUGUCAGUGGCUGGAAUCAAAUGAUCGUAGGAAUAAAUCCUAUGGAAAUAGUCAAUCAUUACUAAUACGUAUUACGAAUUUGAAAUUGGAGGGUGCCAAUUUCCGAAAUGGUCAACUUAGUCAAAGUUGCCAAAAUGAUUCAAGUCUAAUUCAACUACCUGAUAUUUUGUUACAGUGGAUUCAACAAGAUGAACAAGAUCCAUUGAAUGAAAACAAUUCUAUUUAUUUACCAAUUUAUACAAAUAAUACUCGUGAACAUUUGGUGACAUAUAUUCGAGUCCCCUGUCCUUCAGGUAGUCAAAAUCAAUGGAUUCAAGCUGGAACAGCUUUAUUACUUCAUUGUUUGUAA